GAUGGAAAUUAAUUCUCUCAACUCAAUCUCCACCUCCGCCUGUCGCGCGUCGGGAAAAGCAAAAUUGACAGCCGCAACGCCACCGCCACCGCCAGCGCCAGUCAGUCACCCCCACAGCCAUCAUUGAUUCCGUGAACUGCGGUGGUGUCUCAUCGACGCCAGCACCGCCCUUUCUCGCUCGCUCUGCUUCUGCUUUCAUGCUCACAACAAACCCAUCUCAAGUCUCAACUAUGGAGAACAAGCCUCAGCACAAGAAGAAGAAAUGGUUCCUCCCACUGGUUUUCUCCCUUCUGGUCUUCUCUUUUCUUGUUGUACUAGCGAUCUUCACCUCCACCUCCACCUCGCCGUUUCACCGCCAACCCAUCAAGGUGCAGAACCCUGUUUUUGUGGAAUCGAAGCUGGGGUUGGCUUCUGCGAGCUCCGCCAAUUCUGUGCCCAGAAUUGCUUACUUGAUUUCUGGGUCGAAGGGGGAUGGUUUGAGCUUGAGGAGGACGCUGAAGGCUCUGUACCAUCCAUGGAACCAGUACGCUGUGCAUUUGGACCUCAAGGCCUCGCCCGAGGAGAGAUUGGAGUUGUUGAAUUUUGUGAAGAACGAAUCUGUUUUUUCCAGGUGGGGUAAUGUUAGGGUGAUUGUGAGGGCCAAUUUGGUUACGUAUAGAGGGCCUACUAUGGUUAGUAAUACGCUUCAUGCUGCGGCGAUUUUGAUGAAGGAAGGUGGAGAUUGGGAUUGGUUCAUCAAUUUGAGUGCCUCCGACUAUCCUCUGGUAACCCAAGAUGAUCUACUUCACACUUUGUCAACUAUUCCAAGGGACCUCAAUUUUAUCGAGCAUACCAGUGAUAUUGGAUGGAAAGAGUAUCAAAGAGCCAAGCCUCUUAUAAUAGAUCCAGGGCUGUAUAGCUUAAAAAAGACAGAUGUGUUUUGGGCAACAGAAACAAGGAGUGUACCAACAGCAUAUAGACUGUUUACAGGUUCUGCUUGGAUGAUGCUCUCACGCUCUUUUGUGGAAUAUACAUUAUGGGGUUGGGACAACCUCCCAAGAAUAGUCCUCAUGUACUAUGCCAACUUUCUUUCUUCACCUGAAGGGUAUUUCCAUACGGUUAUCUGCAAUGCAGACGAAUUUCGGAACACAACAGUUAACCAUGACCUCCACUUCAUUUCAUGGGACAACCCUCCGAAGCAGCACCCACAUUUCCUAACUGUUGACAACUACCAGUCAAUGAUAGGCAGCAAUGCCCCCUUUGCAAGGAAAUUUGGCAGGAAUGAACCAGCUCUUGACAAGAUUGAUAAGGAGCUACUGGGUCGAAGCGCAGAUGGGUUCGUGCCAGGUGGAUGGUUCAACAAUGAAGGAAACACAAAUAUUACAGCCCCACAUGAUAUCAUAGCUAAUGUCUCUAUACUCAGGCCUGGUCCCGGUGCUGAAAGGCUUAACCGCCUCAUAACUGGCUUGUUAUCAGCAGAAGAUUUCCAGAGAAAGCAAUGUGCCUGACAUUUGAGAACCAGCAAGCAACCACAGUAAGGCUCCCAGCUAUACUGGAUUCACGUAUCAGUUCCCCACUGCUCAAUUAAUAACAGAGGCUUGCCAAUUGCAAUAACAACAUGGAUACACAAGUUAUGGGGUGAAGGGAAAGAUAUACCUGUCUGUACUGUUUGCCUUUACCCUUUUAUUUUCCAAUGAACCUCCAAGCCCCAUGGCUAAAGCUUUAUCCUUGUUAUUUUUUGUUUAUAAAGCUGAUUUAACAUUUCCAAAUUAAACUCCAUUAAUUUGUUCUGUUGCACCUUGCAUGGAACUUGCAGGUAGCAGCAAGCCUUAAAAUUAGAGGACCCCAUAUUAGAAACUGAAUCCAUGGAGUUAUGAAAUUGCUUUUUCCUACGAA